UUAUGUCCAGUGGAGGUGUGUCUCAAUAAAUCAAGUUGUAAUCAUGCAGACCAGAUGUUGCAAAUGAACAUUAUUAACCAGGCAAUGGAACGAUAUUUUUAUUUUCAAAAGAAAUAUUCGCUGGAUUUCAUCAGCUAUAUUCUUGAAGACUUUUGGUACAAAUAUGGUACAACAAACUCUCUGUCGUAUUCAGGGAAAUUGCGAGGCAACGAUCACCAAUUGUUGCAAUGGCCUUGGUUGGAAUGUUUAAGUUGGACACACUGCACCAACGAUCGUCGGUCGACGCGAUCACGGAAAGAACGCAACGUGACGAUGCGCUCGCAAAUGAUCGUUUUUAAUUCUCAGAGUGUCAGCGGCAUUCAGCAGACGGUGUCGAGUCGUCAAGAAGUCACGGAGAGUGGGGAUGGAUUCGUAGACGGUCCUAGGACAGUUGUAUGACACAGAGUGUUGGUGAGGGCUUUUGCACAUGGGUACCGGUAUACAAUGUGAUUUUUGUAGUAAAAAGUAUGAACAUUAGUAAAAAGAUAUUCAUUUUGAUUCUCUGUUAUUGAAGGUUAUUACCUUGUUGGAUCCUUUUAAAAGAGCUAUUAAAUAUUAUAAUAGAUUUUACGAUUCCUGAUGAAGUUUACUGUGUAGACGAAAAGUAGAGCUAAGUGCUGGAAUUUGUGAUUUCUUAUAUUGUUCUCCAUUAAUGAAAGACUAAAAAUCUUCAGAACAAUAUGAUAAUUAGAUAUAUCAUUAUUCAUCUAUUACUUAUACAAAUUAUUUCUGUUUGUUUCGCUUUAACAGUGGUUCAU